AUGGAUCACACACUUUUCGGCUGCCUACGCAGUCCCCACCAUUCCCCUGGCCAGGGCUUGCACCCAUUCUCACAGUCUGCGCUUGCCCUGCACGGCCGCUCCGAUCACAUGUCCUACCCGGAGCUCUCCGCGUCCUCCUCCUCUUGCAUCAUAGCGGGAUACCCCAACGAGGAAGGAAUGUUCGGCAGCCAGCAUCACAGGGGCCACCACCACCACCACCAUCACCACCACCAUCACCAGCAACAACAGCAGCAGCAACACCAGCAGUCCUUACAGACCAACUGGCACAUCCCGCAGAUGGCUUCCCUGCCACCGCCUCCACCGCCUCAGUCCGCCUCAUCCAGACACAGCCUGUGCCUUCAACCCGACUCGGCUGGACCCCCGGAGCUAGCCAGUAGUCCCCCAGGACUGUGCUCGAAUUCAUCAAGUUUGGGAACAGGCACCCCGACAGGAGCAGCGUGCGCUCCAGGAGAUUACGGCAGGCAAGCGCUGUCCCCAGUGGAGACCGAGAAAAGAAUGGGCAAGCGGAAAAGCGACAGCUCAGAUUCUCAAGAAGGAAAUUACAAAUCUGAGGUCAAUAGCAAACCAAGAAAAGAAAGAACAGCUUUCACCAAAGAGCAAAUCAGAGAGUUAGAAGCAGAAUUUGCCCAUCAUAACUACCUCACCAGGCUGCGGAGAUACGAAAUAGCUGUGAACCUGGAUCUCACUGAAAGACAGGUAAAAGUUUGGUUCCAGAACAGACGGAUGAAAUGGAAACGGGUAAAAGGAGGGCAACAGGGAGCUGCAGCCCGAGAGAAAGAAUUGGUAAACGUGAAAAAAGGCACUCUGCUCCCAUCAGAGCUUUCUGGCAUUGGUGCUGCCAGUCUCCAACAUACAGGGGACUCCCUGGCAAAUGACGACAGCCACGACAGUGAUCAUAGCUCUGAGCAUGCACACUUAUGAUAAGGCAGGAAGGAAUCCUAGGUCUGUUCUCAGGAAAGCCAUGUUUAACACAGCGAGCUUAUGUGGACAUUGAUAUAUGCAAGUGACUGACUUUCUGACAAUCAAAACGAAAGUAACUUAGGACUUACUAUUUCUGCUACUCUUGAACUAUUAUUAUUAUUAUUAUUAUUUGUGCUUAUAUUCAGUAAGUGCCAUGCCUCCCAUGUGCCUUGUGAGUAGAAGCAGGAGAUACAUUUGCUUUUCAACAUUCCAGAUUCACUUGUCCUUUCAGUGACAAUGGAGCAGAUAUUGUUGCUUUAGCUUGCAUCAAACAAUGACGUUGCUUUCCACACAGUGCCAACAGAAACACUGUCUCAAGAGGAUAAGAAUUGUAUUUUAAUUUGUAUAUAUCUACUUUUCAGCAUUUUUACUUUUCACUCAUUUUUAGCAGUGCAUUCAUAUUCGCUGACUGCAAUAGUCACCCAUGAGAAUAAAUGGCUUUUUAAAAUCUUUUUUUAA